AUGACCGAUUGGCAGCAGCAGCUCCCUUUAACAGUCACACAGAAAAAUGAGCUCGAUAAAAGUGUGCUGCGAUAUUUGAAUUGGAAUUACAAACAAAGUGUACAGCACGAGCACGCUCAAGACCACGAGAGUGUCCGACGUGCCAUUGUAACUCUAUCAACUUUUCUCUUACAGGAACCCGUGGACCAGCAAGAAUUCAUCAGAAGCUAUGACACCGACAAGGAAAGCAUGAUAAAUAUUGAUGAGUUGCUAUUGCCAAAGAAGUGGAACUCAAUUGUUAGACUGCAGCGAAAAAUAAUUGAGUUGGAACAGAACACAGAGAUCCUAGUGUCUCAGAUUAAUGAUUUAAAUUCGCAAGUGUCAGAACUGGCACAGUCCAUGCCUUUUACCAGUAAGGGCAAUGACGCACAAAAUGUUUUGAAAUGGGUACCGAAAAAACUACCAAAUUGCUUAAUUAAUGUCGAAUCAUCAGUUACUUCCGUCAAGUUGCACCCUGAUUUGCCGAUAGUAUUUGUAGCUACAGAUCAUGGGAAAUUAUACGCAUUCGAUAUAUUCAACUACACCAUUCCUCUAGCGUCUCUACAAACUCAUACUAAGGCAAUUACUUCGAUUGAUGUAUUGUUUACCAAUUUCACAAAUUCCAGUAAGAAGAACUACUUGGUGAUAGUCACUGCAUCCAAGGAUUUGCAGAUUCAUGUUUUCAAAUGGAUUUCGAACGAAUGCAAAUUCCAGCAAAUUAGGACUUUAUUAGGUCAUGAACAUAUUAUCUCUGCAGUAAAAAUCUGGCAGAAAAAUAACGAUAUUCGUAUUGCUUCUUGCUCCCGAGACCAAACUGUAAAGGUUUGGGACUUCAAUAACGGCUGGUCCUUGAAAUCAUUUCAACCUCAUUCUCAGUGGGUACGUUCCAUUGACGUUCUAGGUGACUAUAUAUUAUCUGGAUCCCAUGACACUACAUUGAGACUAACACACUGGCCAUCCGGUAAUGGUCUAAGCGUUGGUACAGGUCAUGAAUUUCCAAUAGAAAAAGUGAAAUUUAUUCAUUUCAUUGGAGAUCCUGCUAGUACAAGAUUUAGGAAACCAUCAGCCGCCCAGUAUGAAAAUUUUGGGGUACAGUACUGUGUUUCAGCAUCGAGAGAUAGAACGAUAAAAAUUUGGGAAAUACCUUUACCCAGAUUAAUCGCCCAUAGAGCACCCAUACCGAAUCCUACAAAUUCAAAUUUCAAGUGUGUUCUUACUUUGAAGGGUCACCUUUCGUGGGUCAGAGAUAUUUGUAUUCGAGGACAGCAUUUGUUUUCUUGUGGUGAUGAUAAAUCUGUAAGAUGUUGGGAUCUAAACACCGGACAAUGUUUACAUGCCUGGGAAGGGUUGCAUACAGGAUUUAUAAAUUGCUUGGAUUUGGAUGCAGACUUCGAUCCUAAUGUUACGCCAAGGCAAAUAAUGGUUACCGGCGGUUUGGACUGUAAGUCUAGCAUCUUUAUCAGAUAA